AUGGUGAAGGAGACGACGUACUACGACGUGCUGGGGGUGAAGCCGGGCGCCACGCAGGAGGAGCUGAAGAAGGCCUAUCGCAAGCUGGCGCUCAAGUACCACCCCGACAAGAACCCCAACGAGGGCGAGAAGUUCAAGCAGAUCUCGCAAGCAUACGAAGUGCUUUCUGAUCCAAAGAAGAGAGACUUGUAUGACAAAGGUGGUGAGCAGGCUAUUAAAGAGGGUGGUACUGGCAGCAGUUUUGGGUCACCCAUGGAUAUUUUUGAUAUGUUCUUUGGAGGAGGUGGAAGAAUGCAGAGAGAGCGCAGAGGUAAAAAUGUUGUUCAUCAGUUGUCAGUAUCUUUGGAAGACUUGUACAAUGGUGCAACAAGAAAACUGGCUCUGCAAAAGAAUGUGAUCUGUGAUAAAUGUGAAGGCCGAGGUGGUAAGAAAGGUGCAGUUGAAUGCUGUCCCAACUGCAGAGGUACAGGCAUGCAAAUACGAAUUCACCAGAUAGGACCAGGAAUGGUUCAGCAAAUCCAGUCUGUGUGCAUGGAAUGCCAAGGACAUGGGGAGCGUAUCAGUCCUAAGGACAGGUGUAAAAGCUGUAUUGGAAGGAAGAUUGUUCGAGAGAAGAAGAUUCUAGAAGUUCAUAUUGAUAAAGGAAUGAAGGAUGGUCAGAAGAUAACAUUCCAUGGAGAAGGGGAUCAAGAACCAGGACUAGAGCCAGGAGACAUCAUUAUUGUAUUGGAUCAAAAAGACCAUUCUACAUUUACAAGACGAGGCGAAGAUUUGUUCAUGUGCAUGGACAUACAGCUGGUUGAGGCACUGUGUGGCUUUCAGAAACCUAUUGCAACAUUGGAUAACCGAACUAUAAUUAUCACUUCUCAUCCUGGUCAGAUUGUCAAGCAUGGAGAUAUUAAAUGUGUGCUGAAUGAGGGAAUGCCAAUUUAUCGCAGACCGUAUGAAAAAGGGCGUCUGAUCAUUGAGUUCAAGGUAAACUUCCCAGAGUGUGGUUUCCUCUCCUCUGAUAAGUUGUCUCUAUUGGAAAAAUUGCUGCCUGCAAGGGAAGAAGUGGAAGAAACUGAAGAAAUGGAUCAGGUAGAGCUGGUAGACUUUGAUCCAUCUCAGGAAAGAAGACAGCAUUACAAUGGUGAAGCCUAUGAAGAUGAUGAGCAUCACCCCAGAGGGGGUGUUCAGUGUCAGACAUCUUAAAAUGGCCAGUAAAUACUCAUUGUGAUAAUUGUUUUGUAUGCAUUAGUGGUGAGUGAAGAACUACAAGCAGCUUACACUCACUACUUGCUAUUUUUGGUUUAAUAUUCAACCAUAGUUGUGUUUUUUAAAACCAGUUAAUAAAAUCAAUAAUAUAAAAACACUGACUUUGCAAUUGAUGUAAAGUUCAGGUUGCAAGCUUAGUUGAAAUGGACCAUGAAGUUGGCUACCCCUGGUUGCUUGUCUUGAUUUCAGGCCUUGUAAUUCUUGUAUUUUGUGUGCAAAUGCACUGGCUUAGAUUAAGACUGAGUUGUGGUCUUUUAGAUUAUAUACCCUGUUAAUGAAGUAUACCCAAGUAUUUAUUUAUAAUUCAUGUGAAGAUCAAUUAAAGUUUUUGUUCUAAUCAGA